GAAGCUCUUCUGUCGAAGCUUUCUGCCCACAGUCGAGCUGAUGAAUCGAUGUCGUUAAACUCAGAUUUUUCUCAUGCUUGAAAAAGAAUUUCGAAGGAGUCAUCUGGUGUGCAAUUCCACUUCGAUCGAGCCAUCGAUCACUCUACUUGGGAGUGUUUUGCCAUCCGAGGAGUUACGCUUGGUUGAUGAGGAGCAGGAGAUGAAGAGUGUGUGGCAGUGCAUUUGAGCUAUGUCUUUCACCAGCCGAGGUCGCUUGCAUGUCGCCGCCAUCCUGCGGCGUACCCACAAAUGCUCCUUGCUUUCUUCCUCACCCACCUCCCCUUCGUUACAUGCUCAAAGAUCACGCAGUUUUUCGCAACUUAGAGCUGUAUCGGGACCUCCUUUUGAGUUUGCGCAGUUGUGGGGUGGAUGCUUGUACCCUAGUCAUGGAGGGGUUUUAGGAAACCCGACGUGGGUGCGUCGAUUCUCGUGGUGGAGGUGGGGAGGUGUGAAUUCAGUGCCCGAUUCAGUGUCCAAUUCAACAGCCCAGUUGGACAAUGGAGAGGGUGAAGCGGUGGUUGAAGCUAGCGCCCGAUUGCCCAGCAGCACGUUUCGGCAGGAGGACGAGGUUGUGGCUGGUGAGAGUGUUCAUGAGUCAUUUCCGAGCGCUGGCGAUGACAGGGAGCAGCUUGGAUUGGGAAGAGGUAACUUGCAGUUGGAUGAUGGGGUGGCAAGUGUUGACACUAAUGGUGCAAUUGCUGAGGAUGCCGGAGGUAGCAUGUUUUGGAGCACCCUGCAAAUCCCGACGGAUGCCAUUAUUGUGACUCUAGACCGUUUUCAGAAUUUCUCAGGUGUCCCUUGGUGGCUUACAAUUAUAGGAUCUACAUUAGCGUUGCGUGCUGCUCUUUUUCCGCUCACAGUGACUCAGCUGCGAAAAGCAUCGCUUCUCGCACGUCUCUCCAGCCAAUUGCCACCUCCUGUCCCUCCUCGUGGCUCUGGAGUUUCUUUAGCUUCUCAAUACCGUAUAUUUACCAAGCGGCGGCUUGAACUAGGAGCACCUAGCCCAAUGUGGCUUAUAGCUGUUCCCCUCAUCCAGGUUCCUCUGUUCAUUUAUUGGAUAGUUGCCGUUCGUCAAAUGGCAAUGGCUUCACACCCGGGUUUUGAUACUGGGGGGAUUUUGUGGUUCACUGACCUAACAGUGCCAGUACAAGGUGCUUUGGGGGCUCUCUUCCCAGUCAUUGUAGCCGCUACUUAUUUCACAAAUUUGCAGUUGUCUUUCAAAGGUAUCGAACAACAGAAAGGAAUAAUGGGGAUCGUCAUGAAGUUUUACAAAUGGUGGUUGGAGGCGGCUACUAUCCCAGCAUUUAUUUUUGGAUUUUACCUUCCUCAGGGUGUUUUCAUGUAUUGGAUUACAAACAAUUGCUGCAGCCUUGCUCAGACAAUUGCACUUCGACAGCCUGGUGUGCGCACUGCACUGGGCUUGCCAUCACUUGCGGAGCUGUCUAAACUGAGAGGUUCCUCACCAACACCUCCUCCUGCUCAAACAGGUUUAUUAAAAAUGGAAGCUGUUGAAAACAUGAACUCAGAUGAUCUUCUUGUGCUGGCUGCAAAUUGCAUUGCUAUGCAAAAGGAAAAUGAGGCUCUCGAAGUUCUGCAUUACACUGUGGAGAAGUUUCCUGAUAAAGUAGAAGCUUUAUUUGCAUUGGGAAAAAUCUACUCUGAGAAGCAGCUAUGGUCGAAGGCUUCGUUGUAUCAUGGCCUUGUCUUACGGAAGACCAAGGAGAGAGAAUUGGUCAUUGCUGCAUCCCUAGGAGCUGGAGUGGCACUAUUUAAUCUGGGAAAGAGGUCAGAAGCACUUGAAAUUAUGUCUGUAUUUACAGAAAUGGACGUACCUCAGGAUCCUCUCUCGCAGCACCGAUACUUUAAAGCAUGCAUCACUCUUGGCAGUGUUCUUAGUCAAGAAGGACGUAAGAAUGAGGCGUUGAAACUUCUGAAAAAAGCAGCAAAGUAUGAACCCAUGGUGGAGAAGGUUUUCAUUCCACAACUAGAAAAGGAGUUGGGUAUAAGGAGUUGAAAAAACUUAUUAAUUUUUUGUGAUUUGAGGCAAUAAAUGUUAAUCCCGCUUUAAGUCAGGUCGAAGCAGGAAAAAAAAAAAAAAAAAAAAAAAAAACUCAAUUUCAUCAUUGUGUGUGUUGAGGGUGUCGUUGACUUUAACUCUAGAUAGAAAAAUAUGAAUUUGGAUACGUUCAUCAACUGCGUAACUUGAAAGCUAUUGGUCCUAAGUGAGAAACUGGAACGUAGGUGUCAGUUUUAACAGCUUACCUGCAGCCUAACGCGAGGAUUACAUCGAAACUAUCACCAACCCCAGUAAACAGGUUAACUUAUAUUAUAAUUAUAAAGCCACUACGAUUGCCAAAGAA